GAAAUACCUUUUACUAACCUAGCUUAAAUAUAGAACUAAGAAUAGGCUACAGGUCUCAUGAGAAAAUACCUGAACAUCAAUUGGUUAACACUGCGUGAAGUAUUAUUUGAAACAGGGUUUUGGGAGAGAGAGCAGAAAGAUAUUAAACAAUUCCAUAAGAUGUUUGCAAAAGCAACAAAAAAUUUUGUAAGAGAGACUGACUGUGGCGGUGAUUUGAUCCCUGUAUCUCGCUUGAACGACUCAGAUAAAUUACAGCUUCUGAGCUUAGUAACAAAGAAGAAGAAACUCUGGUGCUGGCAGAAACCAAAGUACCAUUUUUUGACAGUCACGCUGAAUGAUGUGCUUACUGAAGACAAACCUAUAAAACCAGUUGUUUUUGAGUCUGACUUUGUGAAAUACGAGGGAAAGUUUGAAGACUUUGUCAGAGGAAGUAUUGAAACUUCAUUUGGAAAGAUCAACUUGGGUGCUGGAGGAAAAGGCUUUGUAGAAAGUCAAUCUUCAUUUGGAAACCUAAGAAAGCAGGAGGCUGACUUGCAGCAGCUUAUGAAAGAUACCAGGGGAAGAACAAUAAAUCUAAACAGUAAUUUACUGCAACAGAUUCUAGAAAGAAAACAUGAGGUACUAUGUAUCUUGACAGAAAAGAUAGUAACAACGCAAAAGUGUUUGGUGUCUGAACAUAUUCAGACAGAAGAAAAAUGUGGUAGCGUGGUGGGAUUCAGUACAAAAAUUAUAAAGGUUUCCGUGAGCGAAAAUGGGAACGUGAGAAAAGAUUCCAAUGUGGUCUUAGAGAUUCCUGCUCCCACCACUAUUGCCUAUGGGGUAAUUGAACUGCAUAUAAGGCGAGAUGGUCAGUUCGAAUUUUGUCUGCUACAUGAGCAAGAAGGAGGUUUUGAAAGAGAAAAUACAGAAGGCUCAUCUUACCCAUAUUCUUUACCGUUUAGAGACUCUUCCUUUCUCUAUCAGCCAGAUGCUGUCGAUAAUGAGAGGCGCUCUGGAGACAGAAGUAUCAUUCCCAGCAAUGCUUCCCUAAGUGUAUUGAAACAAGAUCUGUUGCUGUUAAAGGUACAAUUCCAACCCUUUGUGAUGCUUCCAGAAGACAAGCAAGGAACUUUAUACAAAAUAUUCUGUGAACUCUUGCAUCGUGAAGAAAUGGUGACAGCACUGAAGGAGGUGUUAGAUAGUAUUUGCACAGGAGAUAAGCCAGAUUUUACAGAACUGAAGGAGCUGAAACCUGCAGAGCAGCAACAUGUAACUGACUUCUUGCAGCUGGUUGGGUACAGCUUGCAGAAUGAGCUGUUGUCUCAAAAAGACCAACUUCUUUCUAAGGAACUCAUCUCAGCCGCUCACAUGCUGAUCAGCGCAGUGGCAGAAUUGUCUGACUGCACACUGGCUCUGCUGCAUGCGUGCUGCGACACACACAUGGUCUCUGCCUUGUGUUGUUUGCCUAAUGUCGCUUCAGCUGAUGGCACUUUGACCUUGAGAGAACCUGCCCUGACCCCUCUCACUGACACAGGAAGAUUUCACAUAGUGCAAAGGCUGUUUGCCUUAGCAAACAUUAACCUCGAAAUGACGGAGUCUUCUGUGAAAGCUGUAACCAUGAAAGCACCUAGCUUCUCCCCAUUCAUUCUUUAUAUUGCAUUGUAUGGCUUUUAUGCCUUAGGUGGGGCUGUCUGAGGAGAACAGGGAAGCCUAGACUAAUAGCCGAACUAAUAGCACUAAUGAUGCAGAUUUGCAGUGCUAUAGGAUCCUGUUAAUUUGAACUCAUUCACCUACUUGCUUAUCGAUGUCAUUGAACUGGCAUAAGUGAACAUAAAAAAUACAAGGGGACUGCAUCCCAGUAUGUUCUUUAUUCAUGUAGAGCCUGGGCUCAGGCUUUUAUUUUGUCACUAAUACUUUACAUUGAUUUAUGGCAUGACUAGCAACUACUCCACCUCCUCUCAUUUACAGUGCUAAGUCUAGUGAUUAGACCUCCCUACAACAACUUAGCAGCAUGCCAUGUUUAAAUUGCACCCUAGGCUGGCUCUUAAAGCAAUGCUUUCAUUUGAUAUGUAUGUAUGUGCUUCACCCUGGCUCAGGCCAGACAGACAUUUGUUAUUACUCGUCUGACCUUCCCCAUGUGGUGGUUUUCAAAUAAAAGUAAACUGUUUAUUCUC